ACAAAGGCGCGUCGGGCGCGUGAAGGAGAUCGCCACGUUGUUCGAAGAUUCAAGCAGUUUAUAAAACGGCCCUGUCCCCUGGCAUUGCCCUGGACACAUUCCACGUCGCCACAUCUUUUUGUAAACUACUCGAGGAUCAACAUGAGUGUGGGCUUCAUCGGAGCGGGCCAGCUGGCUCAAGCGUUGGUGAAGGGAUUCACAGCUGCAGGUGUUAUUGCUGCACACAGAAUCACUGCUAGCUCUCCUGACACUGACCUGCCCACUGUGGCUAGCCUUAGAAAAAUGGGAGUGAACUUCACCACCAGUAACAAAGAGACGGUGCAGAAGAGCGACGUUCUGUUUCUGGCUGUGAAACCACACAUCAUCCCGUUUGUGCUGGACGAGAUUGGCUCAGACAUCGAAGACCGUCACCUGAUUGUGUCCUGCGCUGCCGGAGUGACCAUCGGCUCCAUUGAAAAGAAAUUGGGACAGCACCGGCAGAGCCCGAAGGUCAUGCGUCUGAUGACCAACACGCCCGUGGUGGUGCGGGAGGGGGCCACGGUGUACGCCACGGGCACGCACGCCGAGGUGGAGGACGGCCGGCUGCUGGAGCAGCUGAUGAGCAGCGUGGGCUUCUGCACGGAGGUGGAGGAGGACCUGAUCGACCCCGUCACCGGCCUCAGCGGCAGCGGCCCGGCCUACGCGUUUACUGCAGUGGAUGCCCUCGCUGAUGGUGGAGUGAAGAUGGGCCUGCCGAGGAGACUGGCCGUGCGGUUAGGAGCUCAGGCUUUGCUGGGAGCGGCCCGGAUGCUGUUGGACUCGGAGCAGCACCCUGGCCAGCUGAAGGACAACGUGUGCUCACCAGGGGGUGCCACCAUCCACGCGCUGCACGUGAUGGAGAGCGGCGGCUUCCGCAGUCUGCUCAUCAACGCCGUGGAGGCCUCCUGCAUCCGGACAAGGGAGCUUCAGUUCCUGGCAGACCAGGAGAAGAUCUCGGCGGCCGCCAUCAAGAAGACGACGCUGGACAAGGUGCUGCAGCAGCCCGGCGUGGAGGAGUCCAGCGUGGGCGUCCGCACGGGGAUCAGCCUCUUCAACAGCAGACACAAGAAGUGAGGACGGAGCUGACCUGAGGAGCCUUACGUCUCGCCCCCCAUCUCCAGACACCGUCUGUAGGACAUGAACCACACCUCGGAUCCACGUGCCCCUCCUCCCCCCCCCCCAACCACCUAUAGGACAUGAACCCACAGCCCGGCUCCAAACGCCCCCCAACCACCUAUAGGACAUGAACCCACAGCCCGGCUCCAAACGCCCCCCAACCACCUAUAGGACAUGAACCCACACCUCUGAUCCCGAACGCCCCCCAACCACCUAUAGGACAUGAACCCACACCUCUGAUCCCAAACGCCCCCCCAACCACCUAUAGGACAUGAACCCACACCUCUGAUCCCAAACGCCCCCCCAACCACCUAUAGGACAUGAACCCACACCUCUGAUCCCAAACGCCCCCCCAACCACCUAUAGGACAUGAACCCACACCUCUGAUCCCGAACGCCCCCCAACCACCUAUAGGACAUGAACCCACACCUCUGAUCCCAAACGCCCCCCAACCACCUAUAGGACAUGAACCCACACCUCUGAUCCCAAACGCCCCCCAACCACCUAUAGGACAUGAACCCACACCUCUGAUCCCGAACGCCCCUCUCUCCCCUCCCCUCCCCAGCAGCCGCCAGCACUUACGAAGCCUCUACUACAGAGCAGGCUGUGUUAUCUGUCUAUCGGUGUCUCUCUAUCUUUCUGCGUGCCCAUGAUCUGCUCUGUCCGUUCUCAUGCUGCUCCUGCCCUCGUCUGUCCAAAUACAGAUUCCACAUAUGCACAGUGGUGUAGACGCAUAGGAGUUGUACAUGCAAGAGCUACAAUAUCGUAGAUGUUGCCUUUAUUUUGAUAUGACAAACAUAAGACAAAAAUAGCCCAAGGUUUACAUUUUUGUAAUGUUUUGAUAAGGACUUCUGUUUCGAUACAUAUAGGCCAUCAUUGUCUUUAUCAGUAAUUGAUAGAGAUAGUGAAUGAUCCAUUUCCUCCCCCUCCUAUUUUAAUAUCACUGCUUUCGCCUCUUUUUGACAAUGCUGUUAUGAUUGUUUUUGGCAGCGGACCGUUUAGUCAGUUGUAUCAGCAUCACACUGUUUAAUCCUAUGUAUUACUGAAUGUGAAGAAAGCUGAGCCUUCUCAUAAUUAACCAAAAGAUGAUCAAGACAUGAGCGAAAGUCUGAAGAUAAAGGACCAUGCCUGCCUGUGGCCAACUCUAGGAGAUACAGUAUGUAGCAGUCCAUCAGAAGCAAGGAGAAAGUACAUUUUAAAAGAAAAAAAAACCUGUCUGCAGACCAGAAGUGUGGAGCUCAAAUUAGUGGUUGGAUGGCAAAAGAGAAAGUGCUUUUU